AUGCAGAGUGUCGCCGUCCUCGCCUGUCUGCUGGCCGCCGCCCACGCCGGGCUCGUAGCGCCGCCCCACCUCCCCGCGGCUGCAGCGCCGGCGCCGGCCCACGCGGCCGUCUACGACCACUACGCGCCGCCCAGCUACAGGUUCGACUACGCCGUGGCCGACUCGCACACGGGCGACGCCAAGACGCAGUUCGAGCACCGCGACGGCGACCGCGUGACCGGCGCCUACAGCCUCAUCGACGCCGACGGCACGACCCGCAUCGUCGAGUACACGGCCGACGACCACAACGGCUUCCAGGCGGUCGUGAAGCGCGUCGGACACCCGACGCCGGCGCCGCCCAGGGCCGUGGUCGUGGCCGCCCCUGGUCUGGCGCCCACCGCCCACGGUCCAGUGCACGCCGCCCCCGCCGCCGUCCCUGUCACCCAUGCUGCGGUUCACGCCGCCCCCGCAGCCCACGGUCCUGUGUACGCCGCCCCGGCUCCCGCCCCCGUCGCCCAUGCCGCUGUUUACGCAGCCCCUGCCGCCCACGCGCCGGUGUACGCCGCUCCCGCUCCCUCCCCAGUCUCCCACGCAGCUGUCCUGGCCGCGCCUGCUCCUGCUGUCCAUGCGUACACGCACCCGGCACCAGCGCACGUUGCUGCAGCCCAUGGCAGCCACCUCCCCUACCAUGGCGACCACAGAGCCACACCACACCCACCUCCCCCGUUGCCAGGACAGCUGCAGCAGUCGCCCGAGAUGCAGAGUGUCGCCGUCCUCGCCUGCCUGCUGGCCGCCGCCCACGCCGGGCUCGUAGCGCCGCCCCACCUCCCCGCGGCUGCAGCGCCGGCGCCGGCCCACGGCGUCGCCUACGACCACUACGCGCCGCCCAGCUACAGGUUCGACUACGCCGUGGCCGACUCGCACACGGGCGACGCCAAGACGCAGUUCGAGCACCGCGACGGCGACCGCGUGACCGGCGCCUACAGCCUCAUCGACGCCGACGGCACGACCCGCAUCGUCGAGUACACGGCCGACGACCACAACGGCUUCCAGGCGGUCGUGAAGCGCGUCGGACACCCGACGCCGGCGCCGCCCAGGGCCGUGGUCGUGGCCGCCCCUGCUCCGGCGCCCGCCGCCCACGGUCCAGUGUACGCCCCCGCUCCCGUCGCCCACACCGCGGUGUACGCCGCCCCUGUCGCCCACGCGCCAAUGCACGCCGCCCCAGCUCCCACAUCCAUCGCCCACGCAGCUGUCCUGGCCGCCCCCGUUCCCGCCGCCCAUGCAUAUGCGUACCCGGCACCAGCCCAGGGUCCUGCACCCCAUGCCGCCCACCUGCCUCACCACGGGUAGACAGACCUGAAGAUCCGACACAGGCUUGGCAAUGAACCGUACACGUCCAUCAACGACAACUGCAGUCUCCCUCCUCUGCCAUUACAGUUGCCGAUACAUUACCACGAACUGUUCAUCUAUUUGUUGCUCAAACGAUCUGCAUCGUAAAAUAAAGUAUUUACUAUAAAAAUGUCCUCUUUUAUCUACUUAUUCUGUUCCUACAUGCUUCACGUUAAUGUAGCCUUCAUCAACUCAAAGAAGAGGAGAUUAUACAAUUUCAUGCGUUACUUAAAUUUCGCACAGCUUACAGUGU